AAAUUCAUAGAGAAUUGCAAGAAAAAGGUUUCUCAUUUUUCUCCUUUGUGUCAAUUCUGGACGUUUCGCCAUGGUUGAACCAGCCGAUGCUGCCAUCGCUGCGCCGUCUCCAUCACGGCCAUCGCCGGCGGUAGAAGCUCAAUCGCAACUCAUAGAAACAGUAAAUGCUCUGCAAAACAUUACCAAACAGUCUGAAUUUCUGCAGCCACCAACAAAUGACGACUCAAUUGCCAAAUUCAGCAAACUCUCGGAUGCUUUCUCCGCAUUCCAGGUCUGCUUUGCUGAGUUACACCGACACGUUGUUUCCAUCGGGACUUUAAUCGACUCUAUGCGACCCCUGGAUACAACUAGUACUACCCCCUUAUCUGUAUCCUCACUUCCCGCAGCCGCAGCCCCAGGACCAGAACCGGCAAUGGAAUUCGGUCCCUCUGAAGAAGAAAAAGUGGAAGUGAAAUCCCCUUGUUUAGAGCUAAAAUCUACUCGUUCAGAGCUAGAAAGCAUCUGUAAAAGGGUGGACGGUCGUGGUCUGCGGAAGUACAUGAUAACGCAUAUCUCAGAUAUAAAUCUACUGCUUGAGGAAGUCCCUAAGGCAUUGAAACUCUCGCGCAAUCCGGCAAGGCUUGUAUUGGAUUGUGUUGGGAAGUUUUAUUUGCAAGGGAGCAGGGCAUAUGUUAAGGGUUCACCCGUGGUCAAUGGAAGGAAGGCUUCUAUAUUGGUUUUGGAUUGCUUCUUGUUGAUGGGAAUCGACGAGGGAGUUGAGUUUGAGAAAGAGGUGAAAGAAGAGGCGGAGAAGGCAGCUUUAGCAUGGAGAAAGAGGUUGAUUGCUGAAGGAGGUUUACGAAAGGUGUAUGACAUGGAUGCCCGGGGUUUGCUAUUGCUCAUUGCGUGUUUCGGGAUUCCAGGAGCAUUCAGUAAUGAGGAUAUCAGGGAUUUAUUUCUGGCAAGUCCGUUCAAGAAGAAUAUUUCCGGUUCCCUCACAAGAUCAAAUGUCUUCAUGGCAAAGAUUACAGAAAUUAUAGAGGGGAUGGUGAACCAGAAGAUGGAAAUGGAGGCAGUUGAUCUUGCCUAUACUUUUGGAAUGGAGGACAGAUUUAACUCUCAGAAACUUGUGACAACAUAUUUACGAGAAUCUAAAGAGCCACUGAAGAAGAUGAAGGGAAAGCCGCAAGGCUCACUUGCUGCUGUGCAUGAAGCAAAAAAGAAGCACUUGGCUGCUCUUAGAUCUGUCAUCAAAUGUUCAAGACGCCAUAACAUUGAUCUUUCAAAACUUCUUCCCGGGUGGAAAAUCAAUGAGCAAAUAAUGAGCUUGGAGAAAGAAAUUGAAGUAGGUGAGAAGAAGAUGGCACAAAAGAGAAAAAAUGAUGAAACUGAGUCAUCUGGAAUGAUCAGCAACAAAGAGGCGAAACAGUCGCAUUUUCCAAAUCCACGGCUACAACAGGAAAGAGUUGUUAAUCAUAUUGAUAGCAACACAACCUUGUUAGAAGGUGGAACUGCUGGCCACAUGUUUGGUUUGUCCCCAUUAGUAUUGCAUGGACCUGGAGGUCAUGGAAGGACUUUAGUGGAUAAUACACCCAUGCAAAUAGGAAGUCAUCACACUGGUCAGUUAUAUGGACUGCAUGGUGAUGGAGCUGUGUGCGACAGACUGCCCUCCCAUAGCUAUGCUUAUGGGCCAUCAUCGUACUUGGCAAGUUCUACAGGGUUGCCAAACACCAAACUUGGUGAUGCUUAUAGGCCAUCACCGUACUUGGCAGGUUCUACAGGGUUACCAAACACCAAACCUGCUGAUGCUUAUAGGCCAUCACCAUACUUGGAAGGCUCUAGGGGAUUGCCGAACGCCAUACCCACUGAUGUUGCUGGCCGAAGCUCUGCAUCUAACCCCUAUCAGUUUGGUGAUACUGUUUUAACAAGUGAACUCUACAGGAGUAGUGGCUGGCGAGUAGUUGAUGUUGUUCCACCUGCUGCCUCUGCUCAUCACUCGUCUUUCUUAUUCACUGGACCAGAUAGUUUUGCCUUGGGUAGGGAUUACCUUCAACCUUAAUCUCCCUUUCUUUAGUAUAGCCAGUCUUGAAGUGAUUUCUCUCAAGUCCUCAAGACACGGGCGCUGAAAUGUUUAGUUACUGUGAAACUCUGGGAUAUUUUUGAAGCUUAGAUAGUGAAGUCUAAACUCUGCCUAGCAAAAUUUCAUUUGUCUGGGAAGGCUUAAAUUAAAAUCUCUGACGAAAUGACUUAAACCUGCUUCUCAAGUGUUUAUUUUCUCUCA